AUGUUCAAUUGCCUCCUCGCAAACUGCACGUUCCCGGCGCAGUUGAAAGAGGCCAUUAUAUUUGGUAUCCACAAACCAGGCAAGCCCCGUAACAAACCCACUAGUUACCUCAGCCUCCUCAACACGCUCAGCAAGCUGUACGAGAAGGUGGUCAAACCCCGCCUCCAAGACUUUGCUCUAGAAAAGCGGCUCAUUCCCGACGAGCAGUUUGGCUUCAGCCCACUCGUGCGUUCAUGA